GUUAACUGCUAUCUUCUGGACAACCUGGUUUGUUUUAGACCACAUCUCAGAUUUUUCAACGAAUUUUCGCUUCUGAAAACUUGCAAUGGAUUCUGAAGGAAAGUACCACAGCAGGAUCUACUUCAUCUGCCCGGUAUGCAAGAAGGCUCCACGCACUCUUCCUGGGCAUCUCAGGACGGUCUGCAUGCAGGGCCGAACUGAGGAGGACAUCCAUGCCACUGUGCUCCAGUCCAAAAAGGAGAUGGCUGAGUUCUCACAGAACGGGCGCUUCUGGGAGUACCACACACUUCUGGAGAUUUUUGGAGCGGCUAAUCCUCUUGCCAGUAUGUUAAAGGAAAUGGAGAAAAAGGGCUUGGUGGUGAGGAACAUUCCUCCUAUCAUUCAUUUGCCAGCGUCAUAUGCUCAGAGUGCUAGCUCCACACUACAUGCUGAGAGAGAGAUGCCAGCAGCUGUGGAAGCAACAGAAGAACCAGAGCCAGAGAAUGAUGAGAACAAUGAGGACUGCUAUCAGAGCAAUGGGCCACGGUGGAGCGAUGAUGUCCGGGUGGAGAUGGCGAAAAGGGGACUUUACAAAAAGUUCUCCAUCAAACACCCACUGCUGGAUGGUUUUAACCAGUAUUUGCAAAAGGACAUGCGCAACCGUAACACCAAACAAGAGGUGGAAAAUGUAUCGAGGUUCAUGUACUUCAUGAACCCCGGACAGCCAGAACUGCUGUUUGUUCACAACGUGGAGAAGGUGCAGGAGUACUUUAAUGUACUCGCUGAGACCAAACUCUCCAAGCAAACUAUUCUGAACUACUGGAAAAGUCUUAACAGGUUCCUGAAUUACACCAUCAUAUCAACUAGUCUGGUCAAAGAAAACAAAAGUCUACACGAUGACUGUAAAGGAUUUGUUGAUUCUUUGAAACAUAUACGCAAAUGUAUGUCUAAGGAGAUCAAUAAAGAGGUGACCCGGAAAAGAUACAAAGCUUAUGGUAACGAGAAGCAGCUGAAAGAAUGUGUGGCCAUUCUUGAUCUGGCUCGUGCUGAUUUCCUCGCGGUAUUGGCAAAACUUCAGGGUCCUAAAAAAGUUCCUGCGGAUCAGCUGGACAAGAACGACUGUCUGCUGGUCCUCUAUUAUUUGGAGGCCGUCGUCAUCCUGAAGCACCUACAGCGCCCUGGCGUUGUAACCAACAUGACCGUUGAGGAAUGGCAGGAAAGGAGACACACUAACAACGGCUGUUCUGUGGCCAUUAAAGAGCACAAAACGGCCGCAUCACAAGUGGCAGAAGUGCCUCUGAAUGCUGAACAAGAACAUUGGUUUGACAUAUACUUCAAACACAUUCGGCCACUGAUGCUCCAGGGAUCCAGAACAGGGGGCGACACGAUGGCAGAGGGCCAAUUCUUCAUCUCCAGCACGGGAAGGCCCAUCCACAACCCCUGCAAUGAUCUGGUCAGACUCCAUGGAAAGUACAAAGUCAAACCCGUGACCAGCGGUGAUGCCAGGAUGGCUUUUGAGACGGCAGCAAAGAACCUGCUGGAGACUGAUCGUAAUGCGUUAGCUCGGUUGUUGAGACACACCCCCGAAACAGCAGAGAGGCACUACCGCAUGAGGACUCCGGCAGACGCUCUUCUAGCGCAACGUGUCGUGGAGGACCUGGUUGCAAAAUCAAGUGCUGGAUCCACAUCUUACACCAGCGGAGAGCAGAAGGUGGAUGAGAGGACAGCAUUUGAAAUGCUCAUCCAGUCUUUCCCUGUCACCUUAGAAGGCCAACCUCCAAAGAAACCAAAAAGACAAGAGCUGUGUGGCGAGCACGAGCGGCACUGCUACGACCGCUGGCGUAGUGAGCAGCUGAAGCUACGUGAAUCAUGUGCCCUUGAACACUUUGGUCGACGUCAGCCGUCUGUCAGUGCUAUUGAGUAG